AUGGCUUGGUCCGGCGCCGACGCUGCCAGCCCUUCAAGCCUCAUCAGUCAUCCUGGGGUCGCAAAGGUGGCCCAUCCUCUUUCUCUCUAUCCUGAACCAGACAGGGGUGUGGUCUUGGCGGUCCGCAACUUCGGAACUAUAGACUCAGUUAGCCCGAAAGGCGGGCUUGCGGCCGAUUGUCGUCGAGCUCCCCUUGGGGAAAGCAUCGGCGGCGUAGACAGACAGUCUGAUCUUCCGUGUGGGCCGGUGGGAGGAGUGGGAGGGAGAGCGCGAGAGUCUAGGAGCGAGCCCAGAAGAGGUUCAGAUGCGCAAAGUCCGACUACCGGACGGAGCACGGAGUCCUCCGUUCAUGCUCGCAAAUUCCCUAUUGGACGCAAUCUCGUUAAUCGCGCGAUAUGCCGUCUUGAUCUCGUCCAUUCCCCUAAAUCGCAGCGCAGCUGCACAAAGUUUUCGCUACCAGAGAGUCGUCACGGUCAAUCAUCAGGCACGGAUUGGCGUACCGAUUUCCGACCUGCGACUAAAAGUGUCCCCAUCAUCUUAAAGGUGCCUUAG